AUGAAAAAUAUUGGUUCCAUCUACAGAAUGCUGCUGACCUUUUCAUACGAAACAAUUACAAAAUGGCUGGAUCCAGAAGCUACUGCGCUCAGCCGAGAUGCCUUGGCAAAGAUUGUGUACUCAAGAUUGUUUGAAUGGUUGGUUGAUAAAAUUAAUAAUUCUAUUGGUCAAGACCCUAAAUCAAAAUCCUUAAUUGGUGUGCUGGAUAUUUAUGGCUUUGAGAGUUUCAAGGCUAACAGGUUUGUCACUUAUCAAACUGAAUUUUUCCUCGACAAGAACAAAGAUUAUGUUGUUGCAGAGGACCAGGCACUUCUUUAUGCUUCAAAAUGCCCCUUUGUAUCAGGUUUAUUUCCUCCUUCUCCCGAGGAAUCUUCAAAACAAUCAAAGUUCUCUUCCAUUGGCUCACGAUUUAAGGUUGGUUUAUUUGGAGAAAUCUUUACCACAACUCUACUUCAUCAUCUGUCCAACUUAUGA